AGCCGCGCAACUUAGAGGGGGCGUAAACGGUGGCUCAGGGCCGUCGGUGCUCGAGCGUGCGCCUGCCACGUUCUAGCUUAAUGAGCAAACACGAAGCGUGGGCGCCUCGUAACACCGGGCGGCGGCACCUCAGCGCGCCGCUUAAAAUUUGAGCCCCGAAAUUCCGCGAAGAAGAUCCUCCCUUGAGCCGCGGGGCGGACUUGAGGCGCGUGCCACUCGACCCUGGGCGCGCGCGCCGACCGAUCGCCACUUGCCAGAGGGUUAUAUAGGCUUCCUGACCAAGCUGCCUGCCGCCUCUGAACGUGCCACGUUACUCAACAUGGAUCCCCGAGUGCUUCUCUGCUUGGUCCUGUUUAUAGCAGGUUCCCUAGCUGCUGAAGCGGAGAAGGCGCAUUCCAGAUCACGACGCGACUUCGGCUGCCUCAUGGGGAACCUGAUGCGAUGCCGGUUGCGUUGCUCUCGGAUAAACCCGGGGACCCUGGGCUACUGCCAGGGCGGCCGCUGCAUGUGCGAGACGGGCAUUCCUGUGCCAGGCCCAGCGGGUAUUAUGCGGCCCAGAUUAGUGCCACAAGCCGGGCCUAUUGGACCAGCGUUCGGUCUUCCGGUCGUGGCUUCGCGUGCAUGAUGGGCAACCCGUUCUUGUGCCGGCAACGCUGCUUCAUGCUGUACCCCGGCAGCACGGGCUUCUGCAUGGGCUUCCGGUGUCGAUGCAUUGGCGGCCCCUUUGGACCCCUGGGAAUGAUGGGAAUGAUGGGCAUGCCAUUCCUCUUUGGGUGAUGAACGAGGCCGCCGUUCUAUGCUGCAGCAUGAGCACGGGUGCGGUGCCGUGGUGCACCCUGUCCAAUAAAAUGGGCCCGCUCGGCGUCGUUUCUGUUA